UGUUGCAGUGCAAAGAAUCUGGUGUGCAUGCUUUGACUAAUUUAAGCAAGUUCUUGCUCAUCAAUGCAACUCAUUUUCUACAACACCCGAAGUGAAAGGGAGUUUAGAGAGGGUGGAGGAGCGGGGGAUUUAAAUUAUUAUUGAGAAAACACCUGCCUCCGGCAAUGACAGCUUCUUAAGGAAAUUCUCAAGAUACAUCUGUCUUGAUAUUUCCUCUUUUAAGUGCAUAUCAGUGGUUGCUGCAGCUAAAAACAAUGGAGCAACAGAUUAAAUCUGUAAAACUCUAUCAAAUUUGGAAAUCAAUCAACCUAAAGGUCAAAAACAUUGAUCUGAACAUAGUUCAGAAGGUCGAGAACGAAUUGAAUGACAAUAAUUUUGCGAACGAGAGGGAAUCAAAUCUCUUGGAAACCAUCGACUCCCUACAUGACAGACCGGCGAAGUCUUCGGACGUGUUUCCUCGCGUAUUUAGUGCGUACCAAGCUUUAUGCCUUGCCAUAUUAAAACAAGAAAAAGAAAGAAACAGUAAAUUAGAGGAUGCGUUCAAGCAGUGUCGAAGGUUGACGCUCAAUCUAAAACUUCCUGCAAGCCACAACAUUGCUGGUUUGAAAGAGCUUGUACAGGCUUACAAAAAAGUCGUACAUGCCCUUUUGAAGACAGCUGAUGGUUUAAGGCCAAAGGACAAAGGCCGACACAUCCUCCUUGCGGACCAAAUCAACGCAAGCCUUGAACUGCUCAUCAAAGCAAUUGCUACAUUUGAAGGGGACCAGAAAAAUUCUAGCAAGACAACUCAAACUGCAACUGAGUAUGUUCUUGGACGACUCCUUUGGUGCGUCAAAGAUACGAAUUUUGACGAGGACGCCAAUGAUUGCGGACAGUUUUUGGAAGUGAUGGAUGAAGUUUUAGAUGCAUUGGAGGGGAAUAGCUCCUCAAACCCUGACGUAGGAAAGCUCAAAAGUACGUGUCAAACCUUGCUCACCCAUGCUAUGUCCGUUGCUCACGUAGCUCUCCAGCAAGACUGUCAAGAUAUAUUUUAUAUCAGCCAGAAGGUUCUGAGUAGGGCUGAGUCAUUGUGCAAGGAAGAAUCUGCAAAUCUGAUAAGUCUUCAACUGGGGGCGCUUGCCGACAAUCUUCUGCAGCUUGAGAUAGUCGUCAACAAUGCGUUGCUUAGACUUGUGCUUGAAGUUUUUGCUGAUGUUGAUGCUUCCAUUGCGAAACUUACGACUGCUGAUAAAGAUUCUGGAGACUUUGAGAAGCGAGUCUCUGAUUUUGACAUGUAUGUUGACAGAGUUAUGCAAAUCGGUCUGUUUGCUAUAGCUUGCAGCAGCGACGUGAAAAGAGUGUCUAGUGUGCGGAGCUGCUUGGCUAGCAUUGAAAGCUUGGAACCAGAAUUUGUUCCCUCUGUGCAAGCAAUGGUGUCUGGUAAAGGAGAUGCAGAACUGGUCAAGUUUUUUGAAAAUCAUUGGAAGAAUGAGGUUAGACGUUUGGAGACCCUUUUGGAUCAGUUGAUCGAUCCUGCUGCGUUUGCUCAGAUUGUAGCCACUCAAGUAACUGCCCUUCAGUCAUCAACAUUGACAGCUCCAAAAUUGGUGCUCUGCGCUUCAAAGCUCCGCAAUUUGAUUUCCCACCUUGAUGCAGUUGAACUGGACCUGAGCUCUGAGUUGAUUAAAAAGUUUGACUUUUACUUGGCUGAACUGCGUGCAGCUUUGGAACAGCCACCUUGCGACAAGUGGGAGAGGAGAGUGCUUGAAAGAGCGCGCCUGCUGAGUAAAUCAGUUCAAGUCAUCGCCCAAGAGCUUGUUGACCAUUCAAUCACUGUUGAAUCUCACUGGAGUGAAUCUCAAACCCAGACAAAAACAGCUUCAAUCCCAACGGAGGAUGAGAUUAUACCUGAGGAGGAACCUGCUGGACCUCGCAAUUCGCUCAACCCAUCCUUCCCUGAGAGUGUCAGAGAUUUGCCACUGGACAUUACUGAAUCUUGCAGAGGAACAAAUUUUGAGCCUAUUAUAAUGGCUGGCAAACUGAUGAACAAGGAACGAAAUAUGAUGUACAAGACGCCGCAGCAGGGCAAAACUCCUUUGUCUGUUUUGCGAAAAACUCCUGGAAAUCUCAUUUCUCACAAUGCCAGCGCCACAGUUGCAAAAGAAUUAUUCCCAUCUGAAAAUGAAGGAGUAGAUAGGGAAAAUAAUGGCGCCACAAAUGACAUGGACUCUUCAAUGGAUUUAAAUGUGACAGAAAUUUUGGAAAACCUAUCUGCCAAUGAAGACACCUUGAGUCUUUUUGCUGGAUUGGAAGAAACCAUGUGCACUGCCCUGGAGGGAUUCAAAAGGAGACGCUACAAAAUUGGCGCUUCCUUGCGAUCCAGGAAAUUGGACAAUGGUGACGUGAAGAAUUUGCCAAAAGUCGCAGAAUCUUUGCCUUCUCCCAGCAUUGGAAGCCAAGGCAUAUCUGUUGGAGAGCGUGAAACGGAUCUGUCAUUCCUGCACAAGAAAAUUGAAGAUCUCAAAAUAGACCUUGAAUCGUUUGGUAAAACCAUCGAUUCAUGCCAUGACGAGCUCUUUUAAGCUUUUUCAAACUUUUAUAAGUAGUAUUUUUAUGCAUUUAUCACGCAUUCAAUGUGUCCUAUGCACUGCCGGAUAUUUUGCCAUUUGAUAUUAUAUAUAUAAUCGUGUUUGCAAAUUUUGCAGCUAUGUGACGUGAAACAUUUAAUUCAUAGUUUUGUACUUAAUGGUGAACUUAGCUCAUUUUCAUUUUAUACUGUGGUAGGAAUAUAAACAAAGAAACUGUUUUUAGAACAUCUUUCGGCUAAUAAAAUUAAGGAACGCAA